UGGAACCUAUAUACAGCUUUUCCCUUCAUCCAACCAACCAAUCCACUUGUUAAACAAAACCUCUUCUGAUUGAACUCAACAGCUUGAUUUCACUAUGGAAACAGAAUCAAAACAACAACCACAAACCGAUGUCGAUUCACCCGCAACUUCCGCUUCCCGUCAACUCCGAGAUCGGAAACCACCCCCAUCUCUCUCUCUCUCCGCCAGGUCACCGGAAGAUUCUCCGGCAUCGUCCUUAUCAUCUCUAUCAUCUCUCAGCCAUAGAUUCUCUCCAGAAAGACCAGAACCAGAACAACAACAACAACCAGAAGCAUCACACGGAUCGCCGCCGUUAGAUCCGUUGCCGGAGUUGCCGGCGGAGAGAGUGACGUCACCGACGCCGGUGCCGAUGGUCAACCGGUAUGUUCGAGAGGAGACUCCGACGGUUACGAAAGCGGAUCACGGCGCACGUGACGGAUUCGUACGGCGGCCGGAGGAGGAGUUGCGAGCAGGUGGCGGCGGCGUUGGCGGUGGCGGAGGAGGAGGAGGGAGGCGGUUUAGGGCGGGUGGAAGGAGAGCGGAUAAAGAAGGUUCGAUGAGGAAGAUAGCGUUAGGGUUUAGGGUUUUCGAAUUGUUGUUUUGUUUGGUGUCGUUGUCGGUUAUGGCUACUGAUAAGCGUCAGGGAUGGGCUCUUGACUCGUACUACCGUUACAAGGAGUUCCGGUACUCCAUGGGAGUGAAUGUGAUCGGAUUUGCAUACGCUGUGUUACAAGGAUGUGAUCUGGCGUAUCAACUGGCCACAGGAAAUCAUUCCAGCAGACGCCACAAUCUCCGUUACUACUUCGAUUUCGCCAUGGAUCAGAUGCUGACAUACCUGCUGAUAUCGUCGGGAUCAUCAGCAGCCACCAGAGUGGAUGAUUGGAAAUCAAACUGGGGUGCAGACAAGUUCCCAGAGCUGGCUACUGCAUCAGUUGGUUUGGGUUUCGCGGCUUUUGUUGCCUUUGCGUUCAGCUCUGUCAUUUCUGGUUAUUCCCUCUACACUGCAACCUCUUCUUGAUUAUUGAUAAUUAUUUCCUAAAUUUUGGGACAAUUAUACAGAAUGUGUAAAGUCAUUCUUGUAUGCAAAACAGUAUGAUAUCGUUUCUUGUGUAUAUAUUUGUAUGAUACCAAACGUGCUUAUAAUUAUGGUAUGACGAGUGUAAGUUUUACUAGCUGAGUUUGGAGCAUAGACUUAUGGGUUGCUAAAUGAA